AUGCCACCAAUCAAAAAGACCCCCAAGCGUCCGUCUGCCAUCACGCGGAUCAAAAAGCUCAAGCAUUUGGACAAGCCAGUAUUCAAGAAAAAACGGGCCACUUCCGGGAAUGUGUCCUCUAGUGUCCUCCACGAUGAGAGAUCACUGGUGAAAGAUUCGCAAACAAUAUUUAGUGACGACGAGAACUCGCCUCCUGCCCGAACACAAAGACGAAACCAGCGCACAGCAAGACAGAAACAUAAGUCAGAGUCUUUGGCAGCCGACUCCGGGUCCGAAUCAGAACGCGGGAUCGAUGAGAUCCACACGUUCACGCAAAUGGUGUCGAAAAAAAGUAUGAGGACCAAAUGGGCACCGCUACCGCCAAACGUGUCCUCUUAUCUGGACACCAUCCUUAACCUCUAUGUUGAGGAAAGCAUUUCACAGAUUCCAUUUAGAAGCAAUAAAGAAAGAUUAGCUUUUAGAACACUGGUGAAGGACUCGAUUGUGAAGCCUCUUGCUAAGAAAAUGCGGGUGGCACGAUUUCCUGGAGAGAUCAAAGAGCGCCUCCUUGAUCAGGAGCAAUUGGAUGAAGAAAAUAUGCGACUGGAAGCCAAUUUCAGCGCGAAUUUGCGUCAACUGGAGGUGCUUCGUGUUCAGGAGCAGAAAGAACAAGCCUUGCUCGAUAGCGAGGAAAAGUAUCUUGAGCAGUUCAAGAAAUCAGUGGAACGCCAGGAGGAGCUCAUGGCCAAGGACCUUCUCCCCUACGCUGACCUGGCAGAUGACUUACAAAUUUCUGAACCUAAGUCCGCUGAACAUUUGAACCUGGCAAGCACCGAGUAUAAUGGCUACGACCCCGCGACAGACCCUGACUUCAGCGAGUCUAUGAACACGUUGGAUAAACAUCUCAAUUCUAUCUCUAAAAAUGUCGAACUACUCGACCCACUGGUGGACAUUUUGGACAGAGUUAACAGCAUCCUCCAAGUUAUUGUUUCUCAAUAG